AUGUCGGUACGCGUGCCGAUCGUCAUCAUCUUUUGCAUUCUACUUUUCCAAAUAUUCAAGAACGAGUUAUUCCAUCCGCUCUUCUGCAGGCCCCCCAGCUAUGGGGACUGGACAUCGAAGAGGAGCCUAGCCUUCUGUUUACUCCUUUUUAAAAAUCUAGUGAGCUGAAGGUCUAACGUCAGCAUUUUGUACAAUACUUUGCGCUAUAGUCAUCGCGUGGCAUUGCUAUAUCCUAGUUGCUUUGCGAAAACAGUUCGGAAAGGCUCGCUGAGCCUUGUUUCACCUUUUCACAAAGAUCCUUGUUGCUGCGCACGUUGCCGUGCUUGAUCACGGUCAGGCUGCGUACCCCGCUUCCUGAAAGCAUCGAAUGUACCAGCAAGCUGACACUUUCUCCAUGUACACAUGAGGUUCCUCGAAUAUAG